CAUGCUAAAUGUGUAAUAUUUUAUACAGCAAUGUUUUUACAUUAUAAUUUAGGAAUAAUUGUUUUCCCUACUCAAUUGAAUUAUUUUUGACAUACAGAUACCUAUAAAAGUACGUAAUUUCGAGGCAAGGUACUAAACGUCGAAGGAGAGGUCAGCAAAAAUUUCUUUGUCUCUUCGGAGAUAGGCCCUUCAUUUUGGCAGUGAUUCACAGCAACGUGCAACGCCAUACUGGAUAAACGAUGAGGAACAUACAGAACGAAGCAUUAACGAGCUACUUUCGACAAAUUGUCAAAGAUUUCGAUGACGACGGGGACUAGAUAUUUCAAAAAUGAUACAUGGUUCCAUUGCGCCAAAAGGCAUCUAUCUCUGGCAGGCCAGUAUUCGAGUUCGAGGACACAGUCGAUCGAAUCACUGGUGCGGCGCUGUUAUUAUAUCACCUGUACACGUGUUAACAGCUGCCGCACAUUGUCUUGAAGGUUACAACAAAGGUACUUAUUUUGUGCGAGCGGGAGAUUACAACACGGAUAUAAACGAGGGAACGGAAGUGAAAGCCAACAUCGAGGAUUAUUACGUGCACGUGGAAUUUCGUAAAGGCCAUAGAAUGAACGAUGACAUCGCUUUGGUUCUACUUAAAGGCCUCGGCAUUCCGCUUGACAAAGAUAUGAUGCCAAUUUGCUUGCCGCCUGAGAAUGCCGAAUAUCCACCAGGAUUGAAUUGCACGAUCAGCGGAUUCGGCAGCAUUGAAACGAGGAAGACGAGUGCCAUUAGUGAUGGAAUGAUGUGCGCCGGAUAUCUUGAUGAAAGUACCGAUACCUGCGAUGGCGAUUCUGGGGGAUCUCUGACACGUUAUCACAACGGAGCUUUCACUUUAUACGGGAUAACUAGUUGGAGUCAACAUUGCGGCAAUGCGAAUAGACCUGGAGUUUACGUCUGUGCAGCGCAUUAUCGUCGUUGGAUCGAUCAAAAAAUUAGAGAAUCGUUAGCAGCAGCCAUACUGGAUAAACGAUGAGGAACAUACAGAACGAAGCAUUAACGAGCUACUUUCGACAAAUUGUCAAAGA